GCCCGACGCGCGCCCAGGGGACAUGGCACUUUGGAGGACAUACCGGCGAGCCCUGGCCUCUCACCCCUGGAAGGUGCAGGUCCUGACCGCUGGUGAGUGAACCUCAGACGCUGAGCUUCCUCGCCCCCCUCCCGGCCUCAGGUCGGGGGGUUAAUCACGGGUCCCUGAUGGGCGUGGGCGAUGUCAUCUCACAGCAGCUGGUGGAGAGGCGGGGUGUGCAGGACCACCAACUCUAUCGGACGACCACCAUGGCUUUGCUAGGCUGUGGCUUUGUGGGCCCCGUGGUGGGGGGCUGGUACCGGGUCUUGGACCGCCUCGUCCCGGGGAAUACCAAGGUGACCGCGUUGAAGAAGAUGGUGGUGGAUCAGGGGGGCUUUGCCCCAUGUUUCCUGGGCUGCUUCUUGCCUCUGGCAGGUGCACUCAGUGGCCUCUCAGUCCAGGACAACUGGGCCAAGCUGCAGCGGGAUUACACCGAUGCCCUCGUCACCAACUACUAUAUCUGGCCUGCUGUGCAGUUAGCCAACUUCUAUUUCGUCCCCCUCCACUACAGAUUGGCCGUUGUCCAGUGUGUGGCCGUCAUCUGGAACUCCUACCUGUCCUGGAAGGCGCACCGGCCCUGAGCGGGCCGGCCGCCUCGCCUUCUCAGAGCUGCAGGCUCCGGUCCCGUCCCCACCAGGCCCGCGGGACCUGGAAUAAAAGACCUUUCGGGCCAUCCA